GAAGGAGAGAAAAAAAACUGAGCCAAACAGUACGUGGAAGCUACAAAAGUAAAAAUGUUUUUCUGAUUAUUCGAGGGGAGUGGUUUUGAAUUUUGGGAAACAAAAAUCUGUUGGCUUUUUGCAGCCUCUGUUUUCUUGGUAGAAGAAGGAAGCAGACAGAGAGAGAUUAUCUGUAGUAGUUCGUUCUGUUAACCCGAACGAUUUCUUUUUUUUUAUUAUUAUUUUUUAUUUUUUAGCCCCGUGAACAGCGUCGUUUUUUUUCGAGAAAAUUUCGGCGAUUUUAAAGGAAAGUUCGGGCUAAACCCAUCGGAAUAGGCUAAGAAAAGCCACGUUCUUUGUUUUCUAGGAUAUUGGUUGUUGUUGUUGCCGGUGUUGUUGAUCUUGGUCUUUUUGUUCAUGAUCAUAUCCCGAAGCCCGAUCUUUAAGUAAUCUAUUUGUUAAUCGAAGAAGCACCAUAAUUUUCAUCUAGCUUCGCAGGUCGAACUGAUUAAAAUUCACAAUCGGCAGCCAAAAUUGUAACAAAAAAUCGAUUUCUGCAUUUGGGUGUUUAUCAAAUUUCCGUAACAAUCGAUUGCUCAUAUCUGGGUGGCGAAACGCGGUUUUACGUUUCUGGGUACCCAUCAAAACCUCAUGACAAUCGGUUUCUGAUUUCGAGGUAUUCGCUGAAAGCCGGUUUUUCGAUCUAGAAUUCCCGGAAUUUCAACCAUGGCCAAGAAAUCAGGGUCAUUGGAAAACUGGAGGAAUUACUUUCGGACUGCGAAUUCGGACAUUUUCGACAUAAUCGACCAUGCGAUCAUGGUGGCGGCUUCCGAUUGCCCCAAGGAGUUCAGGUUGCGGAGAGAUCGCAUCGCCGAGAGGCUUUUCUCUUGCAGACUCACGCGGUGUUCGGGUUGCGACCGGGUCGAGUUGGCGGUGCCUGCUGGUGAUGAAGAAGAAAGUGAUGGUGAUGACGGAGGUUGUAAGAGUAGCGAGUUUGAUAGAGAUGGGUGUGAGUUUGAGGCAGGGGGUAGUAAGGAGAGUAAGGCGAAUAGCUGUAGAGAUGAUCAGGCAGAGAUGAACAUGAACCAUGUCACCAAUUACAGCUAUGGAGAAGCUGAGGCAUUGACUGAUGAGAUUGAGGAAGAGUCUCAGAUUCUUGAGGAGGUCCUGAGGAUCAAAGAGAUUCUUUACAACGGUGCAGACGAGUCUGAUUCAGUAUUGUUUGACUCGUUGAGGAGGCUUCAGUUGAUGGCUCUGACUGUAGAUACUCUGAAGACGACUGAGAUUGGAAAGGCUGUCAAUAGGCUCCGGAAGAAUGCAUCAACAGAGAUUCGUAACCUUGCACGGAUUCUUAUUGAUGGUUGGAAAGACUUGGUAGAUGAGUGGGUUACAGCUACAACAGCUAUUGCAGGUGCGGAAGGUACUCCGGAUUCUGUGAAUCCAUCUGUUGUUGAUGAAGAUGAGGAAGGUCUUCCAUCUCCUCCUCUGGAUGAAGGAGCUUUCUUUGCUACUCAACCCACUGCAAUAGAGCUCUCACAGUUCUUUGACGGCAUGGAUGAUGAUGGAAAUCCUCGAAACAGUGGGGGAUUCAGCAAGAACCGCGCUAAUGGAAGAAAACCAACACAAGAUUAUCAAAAUAAGUUGAAGCAGAAACAGCAGACACCCAAUGUAGCAAAUGUGCUGGCCAAGGAGAACAAGAGUCAUCAAGUGAAGAAACAGGAAGUUGUGUUGAAGCCAAAUAAGCCCUCAAACCCCGAUUAUGGGCCUGGAAGACCUCUCAAACGAAGCACAGAGCAAUUUGUCAGUAAUGAGACAAAGUCCCAGCAAAAAUUGGAUAAGGUUGCUGUCCAGAGGAAGCCGUUCACUGGUCAGCAAGAGAAAUUCAAGUGCUCGGAUGAGAAACUUGAAGCUACAAAGAGGAAACUUCAGGAGCGUUAUCAACAAGCUGAGAAUGCUAAGCGGCAGCGGACGAUACAGGUUAUGGAGAUACAUGAUCUCCCUAAGCAGGGGCUCGGCCAUAGAAAUCCACACGUAAAACCCGGGAACCAUAACCGGCAUUGGGCGCAAGGACGACGCUAGGGUUUUUUUUUUUUUUUUGUUCAUCAAGAAAGAAAUUAGGCUUUUCAAGUUAGUGGAAGAAGAACAUCAGCAUCUUUGGCAUGUUCUGGGUUGACUUAGUUGAGCAUCAACAAUGACAAAUUCAUUCCCCACUUCUGCUGGAGAAGGGAACAAAUUCCUAAACUGAGUACAGGUAUAGAGAGACUUGGAGAUGGGCUAUAGCUUAUGAAGUUUGACUUUCUCCUCAGAUAACAAUGUCUGUAGAGAUUCAGAGAACCUUCAUCAAACUACCUGUCAGCAUUUUUUUUUUAUAUCUCACAAUCAAGACUUUUUUAAGCCAUUUGAUCAUAUUAGUUGCUUUGCACAGAAUAUGUGCAAAUCUUCAUCAUAAACUCAUUCCCGUAUAUAAACCUUUUGGGAAUGCCUAUAUAAAGAGCCUGAAUUUACUAACUUUUAUAAUACAACCUCAUCUGGAAAUUUUCCUUCA